CGGGAACGGGGGUUUGGGUGGUAGGAACGCUCAGUCGUUGGGCCGGGCUGACCCUGGCGGGAGAUGGCGGCGCGAUGGAGCAGCGAGAACGUGGUGGUCGAGUUCCGAGACUCGCAGGCCACUGCAAUGUCUGUGGACUGUCUGGGGCAGCAUGCAGUGCUUUCUGGCCGCCGGUUCCUGUACAUCGUUAAUCUAGACGCCCCUUUCGAAGGUCACCGCAAGAUCUCUCGCCAGAGCAAAUGGGACAUUGGAGCUGUGCAGUGGAACCCUCAUGACAGCUUUGCGCACUACUUUGCAGCUUCGAGUAACCAACGGGUCGACCUCUAUAAGUGGAAAGAUGGCAGUGGGGAAGUUGGCACAACCUUACAAGGCCAUACGCGUGUGAUCAGCGACUUGGACUGGGCAGUGUUUGAACCAGAUCUCCUGGUUACCAGCUCCGUGGACACCUACAUCUACAUUUGGGAUAUCAAAGACACAAGGAAACCUACCAUUGCACUGUCUGCUGUAGCGGGUGCCUCACAGGUCAAAUGGAAUAAAAAAAAUGCAAAUUGCCUUGCCACCAGUCAUGAUGGGGAUGUACGGAUAUGGGACAAGCGGAAACCCAGUACAGCGGUGGAAUAUCUAGCAGCCCACCUCUCCAAAAUCCAUGGCCUGGACUGGCACCCAGACAGUGAGCACAUUCUUGCUACCUCUAGUCAAGACAAUUCCGUCAAGUUCUGGGAUUACCGCCAACCUCGGAAAUACCUCAAUAUUCUCCCUUGCCAAGUGCCUGUCUGGAAGGCCAGAUACACUCCUUUCAGCAACGGAUUAGUGACUGUGAUGGUUCCCCAGCUGCGGAGGGAGAAUAGUCUUCUCCUGUGGAAUGUCUUUGACUUGAACACCCCAGUCCAUACCUUUGUGGGGCACGACGACGUGGUUCUGGAGUUCCAGUGGAGGAAGCAGAAGGAAGGGUCCAAGGACUACCAACUGGUUACAUGGUCCCGAGAUCAGACCUUGAGAAUGUGGCGGGUGGAUUCCCAGAUGCAGAGGCUUUGUGCAAAUGACAUAUUAGAUAGUGUUGAGUUCAUCGAGAGCAUUUCUCUUCUGCCGGAACCAGAGAAGAUCCUGCACACCCAAGACACAGAUCACCCGCACGGCUCAGGCCACGGAGAGGAAGAAGUCUUAAAGGAAGACCCCCUGAGCAACCUCCUGGAAGAGAAGAAAUCAGAUCAACCAGGGCUGCCUCAGACUCUGCAGCAGGAAUUCUCCCUGAUCAAUGUGCAGAUCCGGAAUGUGAACGUGGAGAUGGACGCAGCGGACAGGAGCUGCACGGUGUCCGUGCACUGCAGCGGCCAUCGUGUCAAGAUGCUGGUGAAGUUCCCUGCGCAGUAUCCAAACAACGCGGCCCCUUCCUUCCAGUUUAUCAACCCCACAACCAUCACGUCCACGAUGAAAGCUAAGCUGCUAAAGAUCUUGAAAGACACUUCCCUGCAAAAAGUGAAGCGCAACCAAAGUUGUUUGGAGCCCUGCCUGCGCCAGCUUGUCUCCUGUCUUGAGUCUUUUGUGAAUCAAGAAGACAGUGCGUCCAGCAACCCCUUCGCACUCCCAAACUCCGUCACACCCCCCUUACCCACGUUUGCCCGGGUAACCACUGCGUAUGGGUCAUACCAGGAUGCCAAUAUUCCCUUUCCAAGGACCUCAGGGGCCAGGUUCUGUGGAGCAGGGUAUCUGGUGUAUUUCACAAGGCCUAUGACAAUGCAUCGAGCAGUAUCUCCAACAGAACCUACUCCGAGAUCUCUCUCGGCCUUGUCUGCGUAUCAUACUGGCUUGAUUGCGCCAAUGAAGAUCCGCACAGAGGCCCCUGGGAACCUUCGUUUGUACAGUGGGAGCCCCACUCGCAGUGAGAAAGAGCAGGUCUCCAUCAGCUCCUUCUACUACAAGGAGCGGAAAUCAAGGAGGUGGAAAAGCAAGCGCGAGGGAUCAGACUCAGGCAAUCGACCAAUCAAGGCUGCUGGGAAAGUUAUCAUCCAGGAUAUCGCAUGCCUUCUUCCUGUUCACAAGGCAUUGGGAGAACUGUACAUAUUAAACGUAAAUGAUAUUCAAGAAACAUGCCAGAAGAAUGCUACUUCUGCUUUGCUUGUUGGAAGGAAGGAUCUUGUCCAGGUUUGGUCGCUGGCUACAGUAGCUACAGAUCUUUGUCUUGGUCCGAAGUCUGAUCCAGAUUUGGAAACACCCUGGGCUCGACAUCCUUUCGGGCGACAGCUGCUGGAGUCACUGUUGGCUCAUUACUGCCAGCUCCGGGAUGUGCAGACAUUGGCCAUGCUCUGCAGUGUGUUUGAAGCCCAGUCUCGGCCUCAGGGAAUACCAAACCCUUUGGGGCCUUUUCCCAGCCGUUCAUCUAAUCUCGUGGUUUCCCAUAGUCGAUAUCCCAGCUUCACCUCCUCUGGUUCCUGCUCAAGCAUGUCAGACCCAGGGCUCAACACUGGUGGAUGGAAUAUAGCAGGGAGAGAGAUAGAACAUAUAUCUUCACCUUGGGGAGAGUCUUCGCCAGAAGAGAUCCGCUUUGGGAGUCUGACCUACAAUGAGCCCCGUGAGCGAGAACGUGACCAGCAUGACAGAAAUAAAAGGCUUCUGGACCCCGCCAAUACCCAGCAAUUUGAUGACUUUAAGAAAUGCUAUGGAGAAAUCCUCUAUCGCUGGGGUCUCAGGGAGAAGCGAGCCGAAGUGCUGAAGUUUGUUUCCUGUCCCCCCGAUCCCCACAAAGGCAUCGCUCACAGGGCCCGGUUUGCUUCUGCAGAACUAAACUCACGAUGUCUCUUGUUUUGGCCGUCCCCAACUGUUUCCAGAGUUUGGCGUGUACUGCAGCCACUGCCGGAGCGAGGUUCGCGGCACGCAGUGCACCAUCUGCAAAGGCUUCACAUUCCAGUGCGCCAUCUGCCACGUGGCAGUUCGAGGAUCGUCCAAUUUCUGCCUGACCUGCGGGCAUGGGGGACAUACAAGCCACAUGAUGGAGUGGUUUCGGACCCAGGAGGUGUGUCCCACCGGGUGUGGGUGUCACUGCCUGCUCGAAAGCACGUUCUGAAUUUAUAGUCUGUGGGAAUUGUCGGAAAUCCCGGAGGACCCCACAAGUGCCAGGUGACAGACUCUCUGCCAGGGGAGAGAGGCCGCAGAACCCAUUCCUAACUAGACCGGGGUGUGUUCCCCUCACCAGCUUCAUGAGCCUUGGCGCUGUCUUCGGUUUGGUUGUUGGUGGCAUGAAUGUCGCUGAAGGUGGAUGAGGGCAGGUGUGCAGAGCUGUGUAGCCAAGUAGAAGUUUCCUUGAAGAAAAGCACCUGCCUCCAGAGCCGUGUUAACCUUAAGCCACCAAACAGCAUCGUUUCUGAUGCCAUUACAGAGACCAAGGUCAGAUGCAAAGGACAGUCUCCUGAGCCAAAGGACAGUGGACAUUAAUUUAGUUGACACGUGGGCCUAUGAUGUAAGUUGGUACAUUUCAUGAACUGAUGGACAGUGGUCUUCUAAAAUAUACUUAAUUGUAAAUAUAUGGUGUACUUAAUGAUUCUUAAGAUGUAUUUUUUGUUCGUUAUCUCUCUUGCCCUUGCUCUCCCUUGGCUAAUAAAAUUCUAGUAAUUGUUUUU